AUGCUAGAAAAAAGCAGGCUACGUGGCGGUGCACACCCCUGUGUCGGGCGGCUGGAGGUGUACCACGGUAACGAGUGGGGCAUCGUCUGCGUGAGGAAACCGAACGAAGCAACCUCCAAGGUGGUCUGUCGUCAGCUGCGUUGCGGGAACGUGGAGGAGAUGAACUCCGGCGUCAGCUUCGGAAGGGACCCCCCACACAAGGUGUGGCUGGAUGACGUGACCUGCCAUGGAAAUGAGUCGUCCUUGUUUCACUGCAGCUCCGUCAACUGGGGGGUCCACGAGUGCAACUCCAAAACCAAUCACUUUAACAUCAAGUGUUCAGAGCAUAUUAAGGUCUCUCUGGCGGACGGAGAGGAUCGGUGUGCUGGCAGAGUGGAGAUAGCCUACCAGGGGAAGAAUGGCACGAUCUGCCCCACAAAUUGGGGUCAGCGUGAAGCCAAUCUUGUCUGCAGAGAGGUUGACUGUGGGGAGGCGUUGAGUUUCGGGAGAGGGGCUCUGUUCGGCUUGGGAGCUGGACCAGUCUGGAUCAACGAUCUGAGCUGCGGCGUUGAAGACGAAAAGAUCUGGGGCUGUGGCAGGAUGACAAACCGGAACUGCAAGGAUGAAGAAAAAGCUGCCAGCGUGGUGUGUAGGGACCACAUUGACAUGAGACUGGCUGGCAGAGAAGAUGCCUGCUCAGGGACCCUGGAAAUUAGGAAGGGAAAAGAUUUGUUAUCGACUUGCCCGCCUGAGAUUGACUUGACCGACCCUGACAAGAUCUGCGAGAAACUGCGCUGUGGAAACGCCACCUCUUCUGGACCAAUCAAUUGCGCUGGCUCAAAUCUGACAUGUUCAGGCAGCGUGCAUGUCUCAUUAGUAGACAAGCAAGUCAGUCACUGCUACGGGACUGUGCGUAUUAACCACACCGGCCAGGAGGGGGCAGUGUGCUCCAAUAACUGGGAUCUCAAAGCCGGGACGGUGGUUUGCAAGAGCAUGGGCUGUGGAGAGGCAGUCUCUGUGUACAGCACCCAGGGCGGGGGGCCAGUCUUUCUCGACUACCUGCGAUGUAAUGGCGAUGAGAAACAUCUGUGGCAUUGCGGAGCCCUGCGUCCCACUCAGGAGAAUUGUCAGCAUGCUGCUGUGAUCUGUAGUGACAGUGUGAAGACACGUCUGAUGGAUGGACAGAGCCCCUGUGCAGGGAGAGUGGAGGUCUUCUACCACGGGGAGUGGGGGACGGUGUGUAACGAAGACUGGGACUCAAGAGACACCAGAGUCUUGUGUGCGGAGCUGAACUGCGGUGAAGUCCAGUCCUUCCACCAAGCACCCGUCUUCAGAAGGGGCCAGGGAAAGAUCUGGAGAAGCCGUGUGAACUGCAGCAGCACUGAGACAUCUUUGCAGGACUGUCCAGCCGACACUGAGUGGGGCCAGAACCACUGCUCUCACAAUCAGGAUGUCAGAGUUGUAUGUGGAGAACACAAGAAGCUACAGCUGGCAAGGGGCACCUCUUGCUCUGGCGCUGUCGAGAUAUUCAGCCGUGGCAGCUGGGUGGGUCUGAGUGGUGCAUCGUGGGAGCAGGCUGCAGCCGAGGUGGUGUGCAGGCAGCUGCAUUGUGGGAACGCUGUCUCCAAAGAGGUGAAGGGUUCGGAGAACGGGUCGAGCAGGAAGGCGUGGAGUCAUUGGUUCAACUGCCUUUCCACAGAGGACAACGUGUUUCGCUGCAGAGCUGAGAAGCUGGCGAAGAGCGAUCCUAAAAAGGACGGCUUUGCUUACGUCAACUGCUCAGGGAGCGUGUCUGUGAACCUGACCGGCUUGGACGAUCGUUGUGCUGGGUUGGUGGAGGUGUGUUUGGGGGGUUCUUGUGGUUCCGUGUGCGGCCGAGACUGGAGCACGAAGGAGUCUCAGGUGGUGUGUCAGGAACUGGGCUGCGGGAUGGUUGCCAAAAUGCUGGAUGACUUUACAGUUGUGACGGAAAACACCCCCCUCCUGCUGGAUUUUGUGAGCUGUACGGGCAAUGAGACCUUUCUGGGCCACUGCAACCUGCUGAAAGAGGACGCCCAACAGUGCCAGAGCGGCAAGGCAAAGGUGGUCUGUUCAGACAGCAUCAAGCCUCGCUUGGCCGGUGACGAAGGCCGCUGCGCGGGGACAGUGGAGGCCUACCACUCUGGGAAGUGGUGGUCGGUGUGUGACCAGAAAUGGAGCAAGGAGGCUGGGGACGUGGUGUGCAAAGAGUUGGGUUGUGGGCUGGCUGUGGAGACCCACACAGGAGCUUACUAUGGACCGGGUUCCGGCCAAGGCUGGGUGAAUAUUGGAGCUUGCCAAGGGAACGAGGAUUCCUUCUCUCAGUGUAUCUCUCCUGAUAAGGGGGAGCAGUGCCUUGGGCAAGCUGGUGUCCGCUGUUCAGAACACAGAGAGAUCAGCCUCCAGGGCCCGGAGCCCUGCUCUGGGAGAGUGAUAAUCCACUACAACGACUCCUGGAGCCCAAUGUGCAGCGACCAGUGGGGGCAGAGCCAGGCAGACCAGCUGUGCCAGCACCUGCGCUGCGGAAAAGCAAAGUCUGUGCACAACGACACCACCCUGCAAGGGUACAGCAAGUGGUUACGGUACCAACCCUGUACAGAUAGCAAGCCUUGGGAGUGCCCCCUGGAACUAGCAGACUGCAGGGGUGAAACGGCUCACGUCAAAUGCACAGACACCGUCAAGGCCACGUUGAGUGAAAAAUGCUCGGGUCGCCCCCGUCUCGCUCGCAACGGCCGGAACGAGAGAGUGUGCGGCAGGAACUGGGGUAUGACGCAGGCCAGGGUGCUGUGCAAGGAGCUGGACUGCGGCACUGCCCUGUGGACAGUUUGGGACUCGCGCUACCAGAACAACAACACGCUGGAUGCCACUGUGGAUCACGUGCGCUGCAGCGGGGGGGAGCCUUUGCUCUGGAAGUGCCGAGCUCUGAGCAUUCCACCCAAAACGUGCAGUGCAGCUGAUGACAUCACCGUGGUCUGCGCAGCUGGUUUCAAAGUGAGGCUGACGGAGGGGUGCGGAGGCCGGCUGCAGGUGAAUCUCAGAGGUAUCUGGGAAGAUGCCUGCCCCAUGAAUCUGGAACGAGGAGACCUGGUCUGUAAAAAGCUGGGCUGCGGAGCUCUGACAAAGACCGAAGUGACAACGAACCUCGCCGGCAAAGUCUCCUUAAAGCCAUAUUUGAACUGUACACAGAACUGCACAGAGCUGUGGCAGUGUGUGACUGAGAAGAAUUGCAGGCUGGGGGAACAUACCCUUGUGUACUGUUCAGAACACAGAACUCCAUUCAUUCCUCUACCCCUGAUUUUGGCCUUUGUGGUGAUUUUGGCUGUGCUGCUCUUGGUGUAUCCUUUGGUCCGGCUGUACAAAUGUGCUGUGUUAAAAAUAAAUGCGACGAAGAGAGAGUCGGUGGUUUCUGACAGCGUCUCUGACUACGAGUGUAUCAACACCAGUGGUGACGAGCAGUCCGGCACAGAGCUGAAACGAUUCGCUUCGUCCGAGAGGCGUGCGAGAUCCGACGAGGAGGACUCCCAAGAUCAGUGCUCGAGCUUUGUCUCCUCCUUUACGAGUGGAGACGUGGAUGUGGAGAAGAGACUGGUGCGCUUCAAGUCUGACAAGGAGAGUGACUAUGAUGAUGUGUCUGACAGCCUGAACGAAGCGAACCCCGAUGCCGACUUGCAAUGGAGGCAAAGAGACCAAGAGGGGUACCCCCCACCCCCAGGCCUGGAUACCCAGCUUGACUAUGAUGACGUGGCGAAGCUCUCAGAGUCGGGACACCCCCUUUCGGAGCCUACCGGAGUGGGGGACCUGGGACAGACAGCAGGGGGCGACGGAGAGACGUUGGACGGGACAGGGGACCCAGUUGUUGAAGACUGAAGUAGUGGCUGUGAAAACAUUGGAAGACACUGACAGCAAACACUGUGAAGUGCUUGUAAGAUACUGGAACGAAGAUUUAAAAAAAAAAAUGCUGGAAUUGUAUCCUAUUUUUAAAUGAAAGAUUUACAAUCAAACUGCUUCUUACCAGCAAAAUUGUUGGGCUCAAAAUCAUUUGUGUGAUUCGCUUUUCUUUUUUGUUUAUUUCCUGUCGGACAGGGUGUCCUCGGCUCG